CCCGGACUCCGACCAGCCAGGACUGGACCUGGUCCCCCUCCCUUCCUGGAGGAGUUUAAUGAGUCCCCCAGGUCAAAGUUAGUGUGAGCCCGAUGCAGUGCGCGGAGUGUCCGGCAGGGGCGCAGCAGAGCAGCUGGAUCCCGAGGCUGCAGACGCGCGCCGAGGAGGAAGAAGAGCAGCUGUUUGUUAUUUAUCUCACCGGUUGUUUCACCGUUAAAUCGAACCCAGUUUCCAUGGCAACACGCCGGUUGGUGGAGGUGCAUCUGGACCUCCUGUCGCAGCCAUGCCGGGCGAUUCACAUCCUGCUCGACUGCAACGGCAUCCCGCACACCGUCCGCACCGUGGCCCUGAGGAAAGGAGAGCACCGGACUCCGGACUUCACCGAACUGAACCCGAUGCAGAAGGUUCCGGUUCUGGAGGACAACGGGUUCGUGCUCACCGAAAGUGACGCCAUCAUGAAGUACCUGUGCACGAGGCACAAUGUCCCGGAGCACUGGUAUCCACGGCAACCAGAGAGACGAGCCAGAGUGGACGAGUACACGGCCUGGCAUCACACCAACACCCGCCCUCAUGCUGCGAAAGUGUUUCUACUGGAGGUCCUCAUCCCGCUUCAGACUGGCUCCGCGGUGGACGAGGAGCGCUUGUUUCGCGCCCUCGCUGAGCUGGAGGACACUCUGGACCGACUGGAGUCCAUGUUUCUGCGCCGGCAGCCCUUCCUGUGCGGCGAUGACGUCAGCGUGGCCGACCUCCUCGCCGUCUGUGAGCUCAUGCAGCCUUUAGGGGCGGGCAGAGACGUCCUGCAGCGGCGUCCCCAGCUGCAGCGCUGGAGGAGCAGAGUCCAGGCGGCCGUCGGCGACGCGUUCGACCGAGCGCACGCCGUCCUGUACGCCCUCAGAGACCGCCGCGCGGCCAAGCUGUGACGUCACAGAGGCACCGAGACGCACCUCACCGGGGGCGGAGCCAACCGUCGGCCAGAGACAGAUGUAGAGAGGUUUGGGGGCCGGAAGAAACUCACAGAUCUGUGUUAAUAUUUCUAUUGUAAUAGGCAAAACAUUAUGUAAUCACCACGUGAUCCUAAUGCUAUCGAUUUACCAGUGGAAUAGAUCGCGCCGGCCCACAAUGCACCACUGUCACAAACGACAUGACAUCCUCAGCCAGAAUCAGCCUUAAUGUUAUAAGUCUGUAAGUCCAUGUCUUUAAGUCUUUAAGUCCAAUAAGUAACUGAUCGACUUGAUUGAUUCUGACUGACAUUAAUGAGACCAGGUGAUGUCACAGCCUUUCCUCCAAUCAGCUCUCAGCUUAGUGAUCACAUGAUUGAACUAUAAUGUAAAUAAGAUGUUUAAUGAUCACAUUUUGCAAAAUGAGAAUAAAACUGUUGAGAUGUG